GUCGCGCGACCUGACCAGUUCCCAGCCACGAAAACUCCCCGAACCAAGCGCGCCGCGGCCCAUUGCCGCGCCUAUCUAUCUCUUCCCGCCCUCCGUGCCUUCCCGCCAACGUACACCGUGAUCGAUCGAAUCGAGCCAGCCAGCCAGCCACCGAUAUGGCGAGCGUGUUCUGGGGAAGCGGCCAUCCCGCCGACGAGGUUGCCGACUUCGACGAGUACGACCCCACCCCGUACGGCGGCGGCUACGACAUCGCCCUCACCUUCGGCCGCGCCCUCCCGCCCUCCGACGAGAUAUGCCACCCCAUCUCCACCGCCUCCUCCUCCUCCUCCUCGUACGACCGCCCCCAGCAAGGCCGGAGGCCACCUGCCGAGGAGACCCACCUCUCGGCUGGCCACGGCAGGAGGCCGGACGACGACGAGGCGACGCACGGCGGCGGGUACAGGAAGCCCAAGCCGGCGUACGGGGACGACGAGCAGCAGCGGCGGCACACCUCCGGCGGCGGCCGCAAGAAGCAUGGAGGUGACGACGACGAUGGCUCCGGCGACGAGAGGAAGCCGCGAUACAAGAAGCACGACGACGACGACGACGGCGAGAGGAAGCCGCGUUACAAGAAGCGCGACGACGACGACGACGACUCCGACGGCGAGAGGAAGCAGCGCUACGAGAAGAACAACCGCCGCCGCCACGAUUACGACGAUUGAUCGGACGAGCACGAGUCAGUUAAGCAGGCUGUGAGGACGCUAUUACUGGCUCGCACACCAUGCUAUAUAUAUCUCUGCUAAAUGAGCAAGUUAUUAUUGUUUUUGGCGAAUGAAAAUAAUCGAACUUUUGCCUUGCUGUGUUCUUAAUUUGCUGCUAUCUGAUUACUGAUCAGCUUCCAAUGGUAUGCUUGUGAUCCUUUUGAAUAAAAUGUAUUCGACUUCUUUUAUGCCUUUGUAUGUGCAACUAUUCAAUGCUCUUUGAGGAAA